GGAAACUCAAUUUCAGGCAAAUAUAUAGUCACUGCUCUCCCAUACACACUCUUUAACAAAUAACCCUUUUUUUCCUUCACCUUUUUGUUUACUAGUCAGAGUGAUAGAGAAAUUUAUUGAGAAUGGAGGCAGUAGUAGUGGACGUUGGUUCUAAAUUACUCAAAGCUGGUUUUGCUAUUCCAGAUCAAACUCCUUCUAUGGUAAUACCAACACAAAUGAAACGAAUUCCUGAAGAUGAUGAAGGUUCCAUGGUUGAGGAGGAAGAAGUGACUGUGGAUCCCAUUGAGAGAGGUUUUAUUAAAGAUUGGGAUGCCAUGGAGGACUUGUUGCACCAUGUUCUUUAUUCUGGUCUUGGUUGGGAAAUUGGAAAUGAAGGUCAAAUUUUGUUCACUGACCCACUCUGCACUCCCAAGGCUAUUAGGGAACAAUUGGUGCAAUUGAUGUUUGAAACGUUUAACAUCUCGGGCUUUUAUGCCUCUGAGCAGGCAGUAUUGUCGCUUUAUGCUGUUGGACGCAUAUCUGGCUGCACUGUUGAUGUUGGUCAUGGGAAAAUUGGUAUCUGCAUUGCCUUAACACUUAUCAUUCUUAAAUAUCCGUGUAUUUGAAGAUUCUUUGUGGUACUGUCACUUAGUUUUCCG